CAAGCAGUUGAGCACACAGAGAAACUUUCUCAUGAUUGGCUCAAUACUCCAAAUAGCCUGUUACUCUGUGGUCAUUUCUCAGCCUGAGUCAAUGUGUUUCUGUUCCUGCUCUGUGUAUGCAGCUCUGGCACGAUGAUGAGGCGAAGAAAUCUGCUGCUGCUGCUCCUGGCAGGUAAGAAAGAAUCAAAAAUUAAAGACAUGACUUAUUCCUUCCAGCUGAAAUAUGGUGACACUUUUACAUAGUAUUUAAAUGUCAUUUUCUAACACUGUCUUUUUACAUAGCUCUUCAAUGUGGUAUUCAAAAUUAAACCUGGAGCAUUUGAAUCGAUGCACUUUGCCAAAAUAUUUUUUCAUUAAUCUUAAAAGGUGUAAUAAGGUGUAAGAAAUUAAACUUUUAUACUUAAUUACCCCCCCAUUUCACCCUUUUUUAUCUUGUUUUAUAAACAUUUUUUAAUAUAUAGAUAUAGAUAUAGAUAUAUAGAGAUAUAUAUAUAUAUAGAUAUAGAUAUAUAGAGAUAUAUAUAUCUCUCUAUAUAUCUAUAUCUAUAGAUAUAGAUAUAGAUAUAUAUAGAUAUAGAUAUAGAUAUAUAAUAUAAAAGAGACCUCUCCACACAUGCUAUUUUAUAUGUGUGCCUGCUAAGUCAGUUUUAUUGCUGUCCGCAAGUGCAAGGUUAAAAAGAUCACUGCCGAACACGUUCAAAAUCUGCCAAUCACAAGCACCACCUAAUCAAUUUAAAAUUGUACAAUGCAGUGUAUAUUAACACACUGUAAUAAAUAAAUAUAAUAUAAUAUAAAAAUGUAUCAAUUACAUCGUAUUGAUGUCUAAAAUGUCUUUGCAGUAAUAUGUUUAAACUUUGACAAGAAAACAAACAUAUAGGCUAAAUACAAACGGACAGGCAGAGCUAUGAUAAAAAAAUGUAAUUGCUCCAAACAGACAAGAUCACAAUUUUGUACUAAAGAUUUGUUUUAAUUAAAAAAACUGGUCAGGUUUAAAGGAUGAAUACUGUGUAUCUUCUAAUAACAAUAAUAGAGAAAAGCAGAGGGGGGAAAAUGUGUCACAUACAAAUUCUGAAUUAACUCAAAUCUAGAUCGAGAUUAUGGCACCUUUAAAAGUCAAGAUAAAUGUUUAUAUUUAUCAAUGUUGCCAAAAUUAGUUUAAAAUUUUGUUUUUGAUUUUCGUUCUGUCUUGAAUGCUCUUUAUAGUAGCAACUGAUGUAUUUGCCAUGUUUUUUUAUUUUUUUUUAUUUAAGUUUUGUAUUUUGUUUUUUCUUGAUUUUGUUUCAGUGUUCAUGCUCCAGGCUAAAUGUCAGCAAAGCCUUAAAGGUAAAGUAGACUUCUGCAACAUCUGUGACACAUUUCAGGCUUCUAUCUUUCCCCUACUAUUGUCUAUCUGUUGUGAUCUGUCAGUAGGUUGCAGCAAUAACCACACUGAACAGCUGUCUGUCAUUUCUUGUAAAGACUUGAAUCAUGUGGGAGCACCAACAGUAGUGCGCUCCGUAAUUUAUUCUUUUCUUGUGUGUCCCGUCUUUUUAGUUUCUGUAACCCCGAACCUACCUGAUGACCAGAUAUUCUCCGGGGACUUGUUUUAUGUGAACUGUGACGGGAGUGCAAGUGGGGGAGAAGUCAAAUGGUACUUCAAUGGUGAUGAACUUCUAGAAACAAACAAAGUCAUGAAGAUAGCGGUUGCUACCUCGAAGCACUCAGGCUCUUAUCACUGUGAAAGAAACGGACAAAAGAGUGACACUGUCUCCAUUAACAUCAAAGGUGAAUAUUUCACAUUGACAAAAAGUUUUACAGCUCAUUAUCAAUGUGGCUUCCAAGAGUCAUGAUAUUACACUGUGUUUAAUUACCAUUUAGAAUACCUCCCCAGUGCCUCACUCAUCAUCAAGACAGGCCAGCCAGUGAUGCGGGUUGGGGGGUCCGUCACGCUGGAGCUUAACCAUGACGAUGGUCUAAAUGGAUGGAACUGCUGGGUCUACAGGGGAGACGAGACAAAGAAGAUAAAGUUGAAGUUGGAAGAGAAAAGUACCAGUCUGGAUUUUCAACCCAAGCAACUCCUUGUCCCUGAAACCAUUUUCUGGUGUAGUAAUACUGCUAAACAACAAAGGAGUAACCAGGUCAUAGUCAGGACCUCAGGUAGGCAAACCUUUCUUUAGUGCUUUGACAGUCUGUUACAAUUCUGCAACUGAAGAAACCAUUCAAUACCGCUUUGAAGCAAUUUUUUGAAUUGAAGUUUCACUUUAGUCUCAUUAAAUCAAAACAAAUUAUUCCGGUAAUCAACCCUUUUUUUCAGAGUUUAUGGUAAAAGCUUGUGUUUGACAGCUAUGAACCUAAAAUAAUUUAUGUAAAGCAGAGCCGCCUUAUGGGAGAGGAAAGCUAAGCUGAUUCUAGGGUCCCAGGAGCUUUCGAGGCUGUUGUAACAGUAUUUAUUUUUCCAUAUGAAUUUUUUAACUUAACAUCACAGGAGAAACUUUUCCCUCUGGCAUCCCUUUACUGUUUGGUGCAAAAAGGUUAUCCUAAUUAAUAAAAACUGUUACAUGAAAGUUCCUACCCUGAAGCUGGGGCAGUGAGUGUAGAGUGAAAGUGCACAAUAUCACAUCAGAAUGAGGAACAGCUUUAUCAGCCCCAUAUGUUACACACACUGACUUCAGUAGAUUUUUACUCAUGAACAUUCCAAUGUGAAAUAUUACAUUGUGAUGUACAAGCUUAGGCAUUUCAUUUCUAUAUUUAUGAGUCUCUCACAACAAUUUCCAUACAGGGAGUUGAACCCAGGCCGCCUGGGUGAAAACCAGGAAUCCUUACCGCUAGACCAUAUGGGAACAUGUCAAACGAGAAUAGGAUAUGAACAAGAUGAGGCAGAGAAAGGGUUAAAGACGGCCAUUUACUAUUUGUCUUAGAAAUACUGGACAGGUCUUUAAGGAUUGGACAUGAACCUGAUAAUUAAAAAAACGUAUGUUCCCAUAAUGUGAGUUAGCUGCACACAUUAAAACUUAUGCAAGGGUGCAAAACAUUAUACAUUCAUACAAUUGCUCUUUUGCAUGUUAUUAGGCAGAAUACUAAAAUAUUUAAAACAGGGUUGUUUCCAUAUUAACAAAAUUAAUCUAUGCAUUGGCCGUAGAAGUUGUGCUUUUAUUGUGCUCUUGAAGUGAAGAAGUCAAACUAAUCCAACCCUCAUCUUUUUCUGUCAGACAAAAACGUGUCACUGGAAAUGUACCCUUUCCCGGCUACAGCUGGGGAGAGUCUGACUCUGAGUUGCCUUGUCUGGGGCACAGAUAAGAUUGUUGACACCGUUUUCUACAAAGACGGCAAAAUCUUAUCAAAGCAUAGUCCAAUGCAUAAAAUCUCUGAAGUGACAGAAGUGACCAAGGGAAUCUAUAAGUGCCGGUCCAAAUACAUCGCUGGGUCCUCAUAUGAAAUGUCUGAUGAUCAGGAUAUGCUCCUCCAAGGUUAGUGAGAUACUAUGUCCUGAACAUGUCUGUGCUUUUCUCACCAGUGGAUCUCUCGGACAUCUUAUAAGUCUGUCUUCUCAUUUGUUUAUUUCAGAGCCUCCACUGAAAGCUUUACUCUCUGUGAACAUGGGUAUGUCCUGCUCUUGUCCACGAUGCCCCGGAGACAGCUCCUAUCGCUGGUACUCCAAGAGUGAUGAUGAUAAGCCAUGGGCACUUUCUGAAUCUAACACAGGAUUCUUGAUGCCAUCAGAGAGUACUACAUAUGCAUGUAGAGCUGUGUGGCUCAAUGGGAGGUCUUCUCUCAGCCAAAGUUAUGCUCGUAAGUUGCUGCUAAUGGACUUGAACUAUGUUUCCCUUGAUAUAUCAAUACACAUAAUGAUUAUUUACCUUGCUUUUAAGUACAGCUGUGCCUGUGGGAAGGGUGGGAUGAUGCAGUUCAGGACUCUGGAGGGAGCUUUUAAAGUCUGAUAUAAAAAAAAAAACUUUUAUUAUUGUUGUUGCCUGGACUCGGCUUUCACUAAAAGACUCUAAGUACUCAACAGAGGCCGGACAUGCUGUCACAGCUCCUUAAAAGCAGGGGAUUAGUGCUAGGGCUACACAAUUUAUCUAUUUUUAAUCACAAUCACAAUAUUGGCCAACCCACAACAAAAGAAUCAUGAGCGACAGCCAUUCUAAGCAUUUAAACUGUAUUAAAUUCAGUUUCAAAAUAUUUUAGGAUAAACAGUAAAGGCUAUACAUCAUGUGUGCUUUAUUUACCUCCACUGAUGUUGGUUCAUACAUGUCAUCAAUAUGCUUUAGUUCUCCUCUUUCACACGUACUUCCUCACACUCGGUCUGCACCUCUCAUAUGUGGUAUUAUGGUACAUACACCGCACGGAAGUGGUUUCUCUCUCCUCUUUUUUUUUUUUUCGCUUUGCGUGCAUGUGUCUGCUCUGUUAUCACUGAUCACCAGCUGUACAUUUAGGAUGUUAUCCGAAUGACACAACUCGCUUUUUGUGACAACAGGUGAUGUUGAUGAGGCCUGUUAUUGACAACAUAAUGGUCCAAAAUAAGAGUGCAGAAACACAUCUGAAAGUGGAGCAGGCUGGAGGAUUAAAUGAGUUAUAGAAAAGCAGAGGGAUGGAGUGAGCACAGACAGAGAGAGGCUGCACCAUUAAUAAUUAAAUAAUAUAGGUAUAGAGUUAUCUAGAAAACUAAAUUUAAAAAAAAUCAAGACAUAACUGUGAUUAAGAUUCAAGAUCUCAAAACGUAUUGGAAUAAUCAUCAUUACAAUUUGUGCUCAAAAUUGUUAAAAGGCCUCAAGUGUUAAACGGCAGAGCUUGAGUAUCCAACAGUGUGUUUGUUUCUUAUCUGUGACUAAAUUACGAAUAUAUAUACACAUAUAUGUUGAUGCUGUCUCUGGAUAUAUGCUGAUAUCAAGAUUUUCAUAUGAGAAAAAAUGUUGGAGAUGAUUUAAAAAUGUUGCUUUCAUAAUAGCUCGACAGAUCAUGCUCCAACUCAAUAGAUGCACAUUACUUUUGGCUCUGUCUGCAGCACAUUUUACAGAGUGAGGUCUGCACUAAUAUUGGUGGACAAUUCAUAAUAAUGCUGGUUUUUAAUGUUGCUUUUGGUACCUGUGCACUGUCAUGCAGGUGCUAAAUCCAUGUAGAAAGUAUUUCAGUAUUACUGUUACAUUAACUUAGAUUUCAAUAAUCUGAUCUGAUUUUGGUCAAUUAAAUGUCCAACUCCUUUUACAUGGAAAACAUUUACAUUUACACUCAACUAGUAAGUAACAACAGGGAGCUAUCCACAAAAAUCAUUUAAUGCAUUAUGUUCAUCUGCGUUUUAGAUCCACCUACCAUCAACUCCAUUUUCCUGACUGUCAUCAUUGUGGUGAUUCUUCUUGGUUUAGUAGCCAUGGCCAUUGCUCUCUUUAUGUGGUAUAAGAAGAGAACUGCCACAGGUAUGAAACAACUACCAGUUUACACUUUUACAAAGUACCCUGAAGGCAUCAUGUAACCCUCCUUUUUCAUUUCUAGGACCAAUCUAUGAGGAUGUUGGGCAAAUGUCCCGGGGCAAGAAUGAAUAUGAGAUGUUGCAAAAGUCACGCAGAGAGGGUGAGUACGACACCCUGCACACUGAGGCGCCGGACAAACAAAGAAAAGAUGGUGGAGCGGGAGGGUAUGAAGCACUGAAGAAAGAGGGGAUGAAGGAGGACGUGUACCACACUGUGAAAAUGCCAGGGGCAGCUGGAGGAGAGGGAGGGUAUGAAGCGCUGAAGAAGGAGGGGAUGAAGGAAGACGUGUACCACACUGUGGAAAUGCACGGAGCAGCUGGAGGAGAGGGAGGGUAUGAAGCGCUAAAAAAAGAGGGGAUGAAGGAAGGGGUGUACCACACACUGAGCACUGAGGGUGCAGGUGGAGUAGAGGAAGGAAAUGAGGCAUCAGAUAAAGCACAGAAAGUGUGAGGAAGUAAGUAAUGAGAUAAUGGGGAAGGAAGCAAAAUUGAAAAUAACUGAGCAAUGACAAAAAAACAGGUUGGGUCUUGGGAGGUUUGAUAAUGUGAAAAAAAUUCUUGCAAACCUGACAAGUCAGCUAAAUUCUUACUUGAUUCAUAGUGUAGAAACAUACGUUUGUUAGUAUUUCAUCACAUCAGUGUGGAAAUGAUCUGUAAAAUGAACAUUCCCACCACUGCAGAAAAAGCAGAGCGAAAGCAUCAAGAAACAAAAAAUACUUCAACCAAUUAUUUAAAGUAAGUAAAGUCAAGUCAGUAAAACAAGUCAAGCUGAGAGACAAACUUAUUCUGUCGACUUAUUUCCCAAACUACCACCAACUGUCCGACACGUCUAUUCAUUUCACUUCCUCAAAUAAAAUAGACACGAGACGUCGAAAGAAAAAGCCUUUUUUUUCCAAGACUUUUUUUUUGUACAGGGUCAACAGCUGAACACAACAUUCUUUUUUUUAACUAAAAGUGUUAUAUUAUGAUUAAAUGAUAAGUGCAAUAAGUCAGAAUUAUCAAAAUCUCUUUCAGUGAUGGAAAAAAAGGCAGUAAGUUAAAAAUUUAAAUCAUUUUCCUUGUCAAAGCUGUAUGGCCUACCACAGUUUCAUUUGUUAAGCGUAGAAACACGUGUUUUGUAAAUUGUGUCACUGUAAAUAACUUCUUACACUCUCUGCAAUAAGCUGUUAUCUUUUAUUUUUGCACAUUUGAAGUACUUAAUAUAUUAUCAUUUUACUGCUUUUAAGAUGAAGGAUUAAAGCAUUAAGUUGUUUGUUUGUUUGUUUUUGAUGAAAACAUAUCAAUUAAAGUUACCAUCAAUGUAUUGAUAUCAAUAUCAUAUAUAUCAAAUGUUUCACUCAGUAUGGCUUUUGGGGGGUUUCUAUAAGUACAAUAAUAUCACAGUAUGCUUUGCCUCAUGAAUUUGUAGUGUAAUUUCUGUAUAUAUAUAUAUAUAUAUAUAUAUAUAUAUAUAUAUAUAUAUAUAUAUAUAUAUAUACAAAUGAAGAUUAUCCUAAACUGUUUUUGAAACAUAUUUUUUCAUAAUUAUCUUAAGUGUUUAAGAUUAUGUAGAAUGGUUUCUUUAUGUAAAUAGUUCAGCAGAUCAUGAUCCAACUCAUUACUCAUCACUCUGUCUGCAGCAUAUGUAUCAGACUGUUAUUGAUCAGUGGUUAACAGAUAUAUCAAUAUCAAUAUCAAUGCUGGUUUUUAUUGCCUAUUUCUCAAAUAAAGGUAUUUUUUUUACAAAAGCAGCUUUUGGUUUCUUUUUAUAUUGGGGGAAAAUCCACAGACAAAGGUUCUUCUUUUUCAACCACCAUUUAAGUAAUGGCUGGUUUUUCCUGUAAAUGAGUCAUAUAUGUAAAUUUGUGACAUUUUAUAACCAACAAACAAUCUUGUAUGUGAAACACUGAAACAAAGUGUAAAUGCAAAAAGUGUAAAUAAAUCAAAGCCAUAGUUCAAGCCAAGCUGUAAGACAAGGUCGUCUUUUGUGCUUUUGAAUCAGCAUUACAAGAGAUAUACCUGAACAAAGAAAUGUACAGCAGCACCCAAGUGGUAAGCGCUGAUGGGGGGGGGGUCUUUGUGAGGCAAGUUCUGUCUUCUGUCAACCUGUAGAGUGGUGGUUAAGGCUGCUGCUCAAAGGGUCCCAGGUCCAAAUCCAGGAUGGUGGCACUUUAUGCUAGCCUGGAGAAAAUGGAACUGCAGUUCCACAGUCAAAAAGUACAGGUAAUAGGGAUCUACAAAUGCAAACACUUGUAUUUUAUUGAUGGAGGCAUUCUGGGUUCGAAUCAAGGACAGCAGUACUCCACAGAGAAAAUUUCUGUUCAAGCAUUGCAUUUUAUAGUGUGCUCAAUGAAAGAUGCAAUCACAAGGCCUUAAACAACAAACAGGAAUAGGUUUACCUGUGGUGUAGUGGUUAGGAUCCCUGCCUAUCACUCUAAGUUCCUGUAUGAAAAUCCAGGUCUGGCAUUGCAGAAUCACUGCUACAACAUGUUGAGGAUAAGAUAAGCAAAGACUGAUUUGACCACAGAGGGUGCCACAAUGGACACAAACAACAAUUUCAUCACAGGAGCUUUAAUGAUUGAAUUAAAAUAAUUCUGUUGUGUUAAAGUCAGUACUCAAGUUGGGGGGGUCUCUUAAACUUCUGAAUUUUUUUUUUUUUAUUUCACUUUUGUAAAUAUUUUUGCACUGCACCUUGAAAGACUGGCUGUUAAUAAAUAUCACCAUCACCGUGUUUUCCAUUUCGCCUGUGUUUUUCCACUAUAUUUUGACAGGGGGGCUUUGCGCAUAUUAAAUAAAAUACUUUGGGUGGCGCGGCUUGGUGAAAUUACACUUUUUUUCCUCUUUUAAAAAAAUGACAUCAGUGAGAGCACUAGUGACGCUGUUGCGAUUUUAGUAUCAUGGCCAAGCAACAUGGACAGCGCGGUCCAAGGAAUAAUGUAACUUACUAUAACCCCUAACGCCACUGGAGAGGUGAAUAAGUUGAGCAUCUAAAUUUAAGAGACUUUUUAUUGACGAGGCCAUUAACACUUUAGUCAAUUAGCACAAUUAGGUCUUAGUUUGCAUCACUUGCUGUAUUUAACCACAUGACUUUUGAAGGUAGGACAUGACUUUUUAAAAGCAGCAUACUUGUUAUAAAGGUUAACCCCCUCCUCUGAAAGAAGAGAGAAAAACUGAGUAUCCAGAGUUUUUGAUGUUAUUCUGUACUUGAAUGGUUUAUAAAAGCUUGUCUGUCAGUUUAAAAUGUUUAAAGACUCAACUGAUUAAUAUCACAUGAAAGUUAGAUUCUGUUUUUGUGCUUUCCGUGUUUAGUUAGGGCUUAUUUAACUGUUUACAGAUCAUCAUAUCAGGGGGAAUAUUUGCCGAGACAUGCCCCGGUCUUCCACACUUGUUUAAUCACAGGAAGGACUGACUCUAUCACACUGGAUUCUUGGUGCAACGUCUGUGCAGGCACCAAUAGACUGUGACUGAUGCAUAUCAGUCUUUUCGAUUUCAAGAUCAGAGAGUGGAAUUAGGUAACGGGGGGUGACUGCUAAGAUUUUUCUCAGGGUGCUACAGCAAAGUUUCAAUGGGGCAAACCAACAGCAAAGCCCCUUAAAAUUCUACCAAUGUCCUCACAGAGCUGGAGUCACUUCCAGGUAACCACCGUUUCUCUCACUGACAGAUGGUUAAAGGAUAAUCCCAUUGAUUCCAGAGACCAAAGAUGGACGCCAAGGGUGAGUGCCUGAGCCUCUGUGCCUUCCUGGUGAGUCCCCUCUGUGCUUCUUUUUUUCUUCUUCAUUUCAACACUGUUAUCAUCAGCUCAGUGAUCAAUAAGCUGUCUGGACAGGGUACAGCAUUAUGGGUAACAUGAAACCACUGUAUCCAAGGGUUUAAAGACCCACAACGUAAGUGCCUGGAUCUCACAUGAAGCAGAAAAAGGUCAGUCAGGACAUAACAUGCACUGUCUAAUAAAAAAGGCUUGAUAAACAUAUAACUCCAAGCUGUGAUGUAUUUUAGCAAGUAUGUAUAAGGACUAUCUGCUAGGAAGAAUAUUUAGAAUUGUACAAGAAUAAUUACCUCUAGAUUUUAUUAUACAAUAUUUUCCACAUGUACAUGAUUUUUACAUACACUGUUUUGGUUUACAAUCAGAACAAAACAUUUAACAAGAAAUGAAUGAAAAAAGUCAAAAAACAGUAAAAAUCCUAACAUUUAAUAUUUAAUCUUUCAGUGAAACUGUACCAGUGAGAGAUAGUGUUCCAUGAAACUUUAACACUAAACUUUACUAAGUCUUAAACCAUCAUUUUGGGCUAACCAGAUACACUUUUAAAUCUACUAAAACAAUUGAAAUAAUUCGCUCAUGUACAGUGAGGUGUUGUUGCUUUCUUAUCCAGGUUUCUGAUCACUUAAGAUAUCUUAAACUUUCUGCUUUAUUGCAUUAACCAGAGCUAACUUAUAGAUCGAUUAGUUUGAUGUGAUAGGUCUACCAAUCUGAUAUUUUUAUUUCCAUUUUUUAAUCCCGACAUAAACUGUGUAACUUGCACCACCCAUCAGGCUUAACUUCGUGUUUCCUGUACAUAUGUGUGAGAGAGCCGACUCCGGCAUGUGUGAAGGUUCCAAGGUUUUAGGGUGACACCAAAGUGCAUUUGCAGAUGUUAACACUAAAUACAUGAAUUCCCCGGACACAAUAGAAACAUGAUAGUACAUGAUCAAAGUAUGAUAAAUAUGGCUCCAAAAUCAGAUAAAGGAAGCUGAGGGAUAAAGUACUCUCAUUACGCUGCAUGGUGACACUUCUCAAAGUCCAGUUCCAGGCAUUUUAAAUCCUCAGGUAGUUAGCAAGCAGGCAGGUUGAAAGCCUUGUUUAUGAAUCAUUUUUGCAUAAAGAAAUAAUAUCAGUGUGGGCUAUUUAGACUUUCUAGACAGUUGUGCAAAGUUAUACAACCUUGACUCAAAUAUGUUGGUGUGCCGUGUAAAAUAUUAAUAAAACAAGAUAAUAAUGAAAAUUAUAUAAAUCUUGUGUUUGAUUGAAAUUUGUGCAAAGACAAAAUAUCAUGUUAAAACUUUAACCCUCUAAAAACUAUAUGCUCCUUUUAAAUUUACUUUUAGCAGUACAUUUUUAUAUUCUUCUUUUUUGGUUAUGGACCAAAUGUUUUCAACUGGUGACAAUUCGGAACUAUAGGUAGACCGGUUUGCACCUAGACUUGACUUGGUGCUUAACUGACUCUAAAGAGCCAUGCUGUUAUAAUACAAGCAGAAUGUGCUUUGACAUUAACUUGCUGAAAUAUGCGAUAUGUGACGUCUGCCCAUUAAAAGGUGUUGUCUAAAUCACAGCAUGUAUCACUCCAGAUAUGUAGUUCAGCACUAAUGGCGCCUUUACAGAUGUGUAAUCUAGCCAUGCCAGGCCAUCGGCACUUAUGCAUACCCAUACCAUCACCAGUGCUGGUUUUUGAGCUGUGUGGUGAGAACAAGCUGGGUGGUCCCCUUUUCUGUUAAAACACCCAUGAUCACCAAAAGAAAAAGUCAAAUCUUGAUUCGGCCCACAGAACAGUUUUCCACUUCGCCACAGUCCACCUGAUACAACCUUGUUGGAGGUCUCAACUGUCUCUGGGUCAUGUUUAUCAAAGGUUUCCUCUUAGCCUGGUAUAAUUUGGAACAAUUUGAGAGCGUUUUUUGGUUCCAAGUAGUGAUUUCUACUUCAGAGUCAUAUCUGCCUGAGGCCAUGAAAACACUGCCAACCAAUAUUGUUUUUGUGGUCUUUUCUUUUUUGUACAGAAACUUUUCUUGAUUCUCUGAAUCGUUUCAUGAUAUUUCAGACCGUGGAUGAUGGAUUCACUGAGGAGCAUUAUUCUAAAAUUACUGAACUAUUUGCUCCCAGAGAGGCAGACCUCUUCCCAGCUUUGCUCAUAAGAGACUCAACCUAGAAGGAAUACCCUUUCUACAGUCAGUCGUGUUACUAACUUGUUACAUAUAGACCUUUUUCCAUGUAUUUUUUAUGCAUCACACAACUUUUGCCCUGCUUUGUUGUCCCCGAAUGAUAAUUUAAA